GGCCCGAGCGAGCAAAAUGCUCACUGCCAGUAGCGGGGACGCGGCUGUGCGGGGCUGGGGAGGCGGUGGGCAGGCAGAGCCGUGUCUGGGCUCCGUGCUUGUCGUGUGUGACUGAGGCGGGGCAGCAGCGGUGCCCGGCUGCGAGUGCGGGCGGCGUGGUGGGACGCUCAGCAACGGGAGCGGAGCCUUCUUUCCUCCGUGCCCGCAGCCGGAGGUCCGGGGCAAGGGCGGCCCCAGGUGGGAGAGCCCGGCGGCGAGGAGGAGCUGCCUCCGUCGCGGGGAGGCUCCGCACCGCCGGCGUCCGUCCCCUCCGGCUCCGCGGGCGGCCGUGCCGGGACGCGCAGGUCCCGCCGUGCGCUCGGGGUCCGGCAGCAUGAACAUCCUGCUGGAGCUCUUCGUGGUGACUUUCCGAGUGCUCUGGGCUUUCGUGCUGGCCGCGGCCAAGUGGCUGGUGCGGCCCAAGGAGAAGAGCGUGGCGGGGCAGGUGUGCCUGAUCACCGGGGCGGGCAGCGGCCUGGGCCGCCUCUUCGCCCUGGAGUUUGCCCGGCGCCGGGCGCUGCUGGUGCUGUGGGACAUCAAUACGCAGAGCAACGAGGAGACGGCGGGCAUGGUGCGCCACAUCUACCGGGAGAUGGCCGAGGCGGCCGCCGCCCCCAGAGCUGGAGAUGGAGAGAAAGAUGCACUGCCCCCCUGCAACUUGCAGGUUUACACGUACACCUGUGAUGUGAGCAAGAGAGAAAACGUCUACUCGACAGCUGAGAGGGUCCGCAAGGAGGUUGGCGAGGUGUCUGUCCUGGUUAACAAUGCUGGUGUGGUCUCUGGGCACCAUCUUCUGGAGUGUCCUGACGAGCUUAUUGAGAGGACCAUGAUGGUCAACUGUCAUGCGCACUUCUGGACUGCUAAAGCAUUCCUUCCCAAGAUGCUGGAAAUGAAUCAUGGACACAUUGUGACAGUUGCAAGUUCCUUGGGAUUGUUCAGUACUGCUGGAGUGGAGGAUUAUUGUGCCAGCAAAUUUGGAGCUGUGGGUUUCCAUGAGUCUUUGAGCCAUGAAUUGAAGGCUGCUGAAAAGGAUGGUAUCAAAACAACUUUAGUCUGCCCUUAUCUUGUAGAUACAGGAAUGUUCAGAGGGUGCAGAAUCAGGAAAGAAAUUGAGCCUUUCCUUCCACCCUUGAAACCAGAAUACUGUGUGAAGCAGGCUAUGAGAGCUAUCCUUACAGACCAACCAAUGAUCUGCACACCUCGCCUCAUGUAUAUGGUCACCUUCAUGAAAAGUAUUCUGCCCUUUGAAGCAGUUGUAUGCAUGUACCGGUUUUUGGGAGCAGACAAGUGUAUGUACCCUUUCAUCGCUCAAAGGAAACAGGCUACAAACAACAAUGAAGCAAAAAAUGGAAUUUAACACUAUUUUGGAUGGACUAACAUUUAUAGGUGAAUAUGAUAAUGUUACAUGACUGAAUUGUGAAGUGCACUUGCACCUAUCAAAUGCGAACACCAGUAUCUUACUGUGGCAUUCUCUUAGGUCCUAAACCUGUGUGUUGAGCUCUAGAAAUCAAUGGGGUUUUUUUGUAUGCUGUAAAUACAACCGACUAGAGUACUUGGAAAAUGUGAUAGGUAAGCAAAGUGACUUCACAGUGUAGCUGCCACCAUUGUCCUUUAGAAUGUCACUGUAUGUAUGGUAAACUAGUCACACUACUUCUUGUAGGGAUGCACUGUGUGAUCUCUUCCUCAGCCUUCCAAGGUUUGUAAGAGCUGUCUCCAACUAGAAGAUGCAGUGUUUCAGAAAUUGUAUUUCCCUGUGUUAUUUGGGAAUGGGGAGAGAGUGGAAAUCUUGAUUUAAGCUACUGCUUGUGACCUUUUAGCAAAUUCAAGAAGUUUCUGAAUGCAUCUCUUCACUUGUUCACCCAAACUCUCUGAAGGACACAUGGCCAAAUUGUGGUGUAAUUCUCUUCUGUAGCAAUUGUUUUCUAUUUAAGCAAAGAUAAAAAGAAAUUUGUAAGUCUCUGCUGAUUCAAAGGCAAGUGAAUGUCUCAAAUACUCUCAGAGCAAACUUGUACUGGAUAUCUGGUUUUCUAGGAAUGCAGGCAGUGAUUUUUAAAAAGACUUUUUUCAAGUCAUUUGAUUUGAAAUAGCUCUAUUCUGUUUCCCUUUGUAUGUCAGAGUACAAUCUAAUAUUAUGGACUGUUUCUUUUCUUCCUUUUCAUUCUUACUUCUGACAGAGUUCUCCCACCCCCCCAAGGAGCUGUUGUAUUAAAUUUCCGUAACUGGACUUGUGCCUAAAUGACAAAGCAACUCAGCUAAGAUACAAACUGUUUAUAUAAGUGCUGGUCAUAUGCCAAUUAUUAGCAAAGGAAAAAUAGAAUAAUGCCUGUGCGACUCUACAUGUGGAAUAUGGAAGGGUGUAAAGAUUUUUUUGAGUUCUGCUCACAUUGUAGAACAGCAAAUGAUGUUUUUACAGUAUUUUUUGUAAAGCGAACAAUUUUGUGCCUUGAAUAAUUUGGUAAUCUGUAUUAGUGAAGCAUUGUAAAAGUGAACUUCUACCUCUGUAUCUUAAUGUAUACCAUCCACUUGUAAACUACUAUUGGACAAAUUGUGAUUACUUUUUUAGAAUGUCUUGUUAAAUAGUGACCAAUGCCUGUGGUUAUUAAAGUGAGCCACUUUUUCCUUAAA